AUGCCCUGCAAUAACGCUCAGCCAAAGAAGAAAAGGGGACGAAACUCGAGCACGAACCGCCCACGCCAGGCGGCAAACACUGGCCACCCACCAGCCCUACGCUCUGCCCCCCUCCCCAUCCUCCGAGUCCGCUUCACCCACCCAGAACCAACCACCCACGUUAAAGUCCUGCUGAGACCGGUGUGGGGAAGAGGAGAGGGCCUCACAUGGACAGCGGAUCAGCGUCCCGACCAGCGACUCAAAGUCGGUGCGCUCAUAUCCAUCUACAAUGCCUCGGGACACUCCGGCACGGGGCGCCUCGCGUCCACGCUGGACCUCCGACGCCACUGGGUGUCCUUCACCAUAGUAGGCGCCCCCGAGCCGUGCAACCUCUGUGUCCCAAUUCCAUGGGCGGAGCUAGGAGCCCUCGAGAAGCAUCUCCACACGCAACGGUACGCAGCCCUCGCCCCGUACCCCCAACCACACCACUCCUUCCACGAUAUCCCAGCCUUCGUGAACACCGAGAACAACCCGUAUAUAUACGACAUAUGGGGCGCGGACAAAGGCCCCUUGGAGAGGAGGAUCGAAGAGAUCACGAGCUACUAUCGGAGUACGAGAAUAGUACCGUUCUAACGUCUCGGAAAGGAGAGAUGUCAAACGAGGGGUGGAAUUUUCCUUGGUGUAACUACGUGAUGCGAUGACGUCGGCCCACUGGCCGUCGCUCUAAACGAAGUCAACUAAGACAACUCC